AUGCAAUACGGAUUACUUUAUCUUUUCUUUGCUUCAACAAUUCAAGCAGCUGUAUCUCCAUGUUCCGAUGAAUUUAGCGCAACAAAGUGUUUCAAUGAACAGGAUGAUGUAAUUUGUCAGGAAGCAUUUCCAGUCAACGAAGCUUUUCCAAUAAUAAAUGCACGCUGUACGAACUUCAAAUCGCAUAUAGCCGAAGAAUGCCGGAAACAGUGUCGCAGUUGUUGUCAACAUCCUGAUUUCACUUGUGAUGAUAAGAUAAACUCUGCUUUAAAUUGCCGUACGAUUGCAGAAAGCGGUCAUUGUACUACAGCAGAUGUCACAUUUAAAGCAAUCCUAGCAGCAGAAUGUGCUGGUAGCUGUGGCUUAUGUCGGCAUGCUGGAUGUGCAGAUAAUAAUUAUUUAUUAUGCUCUAUGCUUCAGAAACUUUGUGAACUAUCAGAUUAUCAUGAACUUAUGGUAAAAAAAUGCAGGCGUACGUGUAAUUUAUGUACUAUUGAUACUCAAUAUCCUGGUUGGAUUUAUAACGAAGAAACAAAUGCUCAUUAUAAAUAUAUUAAUGCAAUUUCUCAAAACGAAAACAUUAGUGCAAUAAAAUAUGAACGAAUGUGUGCUGAGGAGGAUGCACAUUUGGUUUCAAUACAUUCCGAGGCAGAAAAUGCAUUUGUAUACGGGUUAGCCAGCUGCGAACGGGUUUUUAUCGGUUUGCGUGGACAAACAAGCGAUCAAUUUGAAUGGUUGGAUGGAAGUAAUGUCGAUUUCAAAAAUUUUUUUCCUGGUUUCCCACUUGGUACCAAUUAUUGUACUUACAUGAGUAAGAAUAAUAUGUUCUGGUAUACAGAUUCCUGCUUCACGAAAGGUUGUGGGGUAUGUAAGAAGGUUGGUUAA